GAUAUUAUAUAAUACUAUAUAACUAAGACUUGCUUUAAACUUUGAUUGAAGUUACCGCGUAACGUCAUCAAUAUCAGAAUGAAGAUGAAUGAAAUGAUUCUGAUAACUACACUUGCUAUCUGCUUUACUUGGAGUGAGGCUAUCGAUCCUAGUCAAGAUGCAACGCUUCCGCUUGUGCCAGCUUUCAACGGCAAACGAGGCGUGGACACCGUUGCAAGGCAGGACUUUUUGCGACAACAAAUGCGAAUUGGACCCGAAAUGCCAGGUCUGGUUGAACCGGGUGACGUAGACGUAAAUCUUUUGGACAUUGGAUCACCUGAAGACGAAAGUGAUGACCUUGCCACCGCCCAUUUCUGGACUCGUUGGUCUGAUUGGUCCGUUUGUUCGCGAACGUGUGGGACCGGCGUGUCGUCUCGUACAAGACAAUGCAUCUCAAGAUACCCAACGAGUGCUAAAGUCAACUGCGAAGGUAUUUCUGUUGAACAUGAGUUAUGCAAUACACAAGAUUGCCCAGAAAGUUCCCCAAGCUUCCGUGAACUUCAAUGUUCUCGACAGAACGAGCAUGUUCACCAUUCAAAGACAUUUAAAUGGAUUCCAUAUACAGGAACUAAUACGUGUGAGCUGGCUUGCCUCAUUUCCACGUUUCAUUACUUUCGUUCUUUCGGAACAGCAGAAGAUGGUACAAGAUGCGGAAAUGGAGCAAAAGAUAUUUGCAUAAAAGGAGAAUGCACGAAAAUUGGGUGCGACAAUGAAAUCGGAUCGAACAUGACAGAAGAUGUUUGUGGAGUCUGCGGAGGAAACAAUUCAACUUGCUUCCAUAUUCAGAAUGUAUUUGAUACUCUACCAGACAUCGGAGCAUCAAGCUACGGCUAUCAUGAAGUUGUGAAAAUUCCCUCUGGAUCUACACGUAUCAAUGUAAAAGAUCAUAACAAGAACUAUUUGGCUUUAAAAGAAGGAGAAGGAACAAGUGAGAAAUACAUUAUAAAUGGCAACUGGGUGAUAGGUUCUGACCUAGAAGAAGCUCCACUUAUCGAAUACGAAUACUGGAUGCCGAACUCCGCAAAGGAAUCCGAAGAAGACUAUAGAGCAAAAAUUUCUGCAGCUGGACUUGAUUUCAACGCCGUAAAGCCACCAACACUCGCUCCAACAACUACCACUACAGAACCUACUACAACAACACUACUUCUGGCAUCUAUUUUAGCCACCAUCGCGAAGCCAAGCACUCGUCCUUCCUAUUGUGGGGCAACCUGUAAGAAAACACUCAACAAGAAACGACUCUGCGAGAGUGAUUUUGUUGUUCAUGCGAGAAUAAUCUCAAAACGCCAGCAGCGUGGGAGAUUCGCGCGAUAUGAAGUCGAGGUCCUCACUGUAUACAAGCGACGAUUCAAACUUAUGAGACGUGAAUACAUAUGGGUUUCGAAUUCCUGUUGCCACAAAUUGCGCCCAUACAGACAUUAUCUUCUUAUGGGUAGAAAGGUCAAGGUUGACGUCACUGGGGCUGAUAAAUCUGAGGAUAUUGACAUGAAUCCGGAUAAAGCCCGCCAGUAUGAACCCCGAUUGAUCGUCGAUCAUUCCGUUUGGUACGCAUGGAGGAAAUACCAAAUCAAAAUGGCUCGUGCCGCGAAGCAUAUAAACUGCAAAAGAUACCGUUAUCUGGCAACUAAGUUUCACAGAAGGCGGCAAAACGAGGCAUAAACUAGUCGAAUUUGUGACGUCAUGAUUUAGCAACCGUUGCCAAAUCUUGCAACUGAAACAACGCCGUCCGAGUCAUAAAGUGGACUAAAACAACACAUUACCUCAAACCGAUCGGAGUACGGAAUACAUUUCCUACAGUUCAUUGCCAGAGCGGAGCAGAUACAAAUGAGAAAAACUUGAUAUGACUGCUCCUAGCAGAUGACUGUGAUACCGUGUGACAAUACCGUGCUGCAAAUACUAAUUCAUCAUUUAGAAUAAAUUAGCCAAAGGCAAAUACCUGCGAUGUGCGCGUUUUAUGACGAUGACUCGAAAGCAUACUAUUAAAAUGAAGAUCGAAUUUUUAGUAUUCGAAAUAUCAGGGAGCAUCCUUAUCUGAAUAUGGCUCUGUGCAAUUAGGCACUCAGAUACACUAAACUUUCAUAUUCUUCCAUGCAUCUGGAAGAAUCAACUAAUUAACUAUUUGCGUGUCUAACCAGAACUGAAAAGCCGUGAUUCGUCAUACAAUUUUCGUUUUUUCUUCUUUUUAUUGGAUAAAGGGUCUAUCUAUCUGUCGCUGAUACGUAAGGCGCUACUAUUUUUGGAGAAUCGCAGCUCUUCUGUUUCGACAUUUCCACCAAUUUAAAAUUACUGAAAGAUUGUGUCAUAGGCUUGUCUUCGCCAAAAUGUUGUAGUUGUAAUGUUGUACUGGUGUUAAAAUGUUUAGAACAUUUUAGUUUGACAAAGAGUGCUCGCUCACCACAUCCUGUGUGAGUAUGAUCCUGUUUGUUCUUUUGUGUAGUAAAACCAGAUUUACCUGAACGAAAUGAAUAAUUUCUGAUAUUUAGUGAUUUAAUUUUAGAAAACUUAGUUCUCAAUAUGACCGAGCAUUAUUGUACAAUACAAUAGUUACAUGUAAAACAAAAUCAAUAGUGAAAACGACAAACCUCGAUUUAUAGAACUUCAUAUAUGAAUGUUUAGUAAAUCGACAUCCCGUCGUUUUGCUUUUGUCAAAAUGCGACAUCACUUUUCUACUUUUGCAUUUUUUUUUCGCUUCAAAAUUCAUCCCCCUUGCCUAUUUCUCACAUAAUGUCUGACUUAGACACAGACUGACUUCGAUAUUGGAAUUCUUUUUUAUUCAAUUUAGUGAUACGCUUUACAUGGGCUGUAUAUGUUACAAAAUUUGUCGACUAUUGUGGAUGACUAUUAAGUGAAGCGUUUAUAGAUAAAUGGUAAUUUAUACAAAUUAGUACUUGCCACCAAAAAUUUCAUACUUUUUCGAGUUCGUCAUUUCUUAUAUACUUUUUUAUUUUUUGGUUCAUGUUUUACCGUUUUGUACAUUUUUGCUUCAUUUUUAUUUGUUUAUCAUUUUUUUUCGUUUAUUUCCUUUUUAAUGACGACUCCGCUUAUACUAAAUAAUAUGAGAGGACACAAGAUUCAUUUUGACUCGUUAACUUUUUGUCAACAUUUUGUUUGUUUAUUUAUCUUUUGACUUACACCUCCAAUUAUGAAGGUUCCAACUACACAAUUACAUUUCAAAUGUUUUGGCUGAAUAUGAUCGAAUCUGUGAGCCACAAAAUUGAUUGUUCAUAUUUACUUUAGCAAUUUUCCAUAUCCAUGUCUGAAGUUUGUCGUUUCUUAGUUCUAUGAAAACCAAGUCAACACACAAAUACUACUAGUUCAAUAUGACUAAUGGCUUCAUUAUUCGCUUCGUUUUACAUUUUCAAUGAUUUCAUUCCUUACAUUCGCCAACAAAUGUUUCAAUAAAAUUU